AUGAUCAAUGAUUAUUAUGGUACAUCAACUGAUCAAUUUCUAAGACCUGUCAUUUUUGAACCGCUCGCUCUACAAGCACAGUCGGAUAAGCCAAAUAGUAAUCAACAACUAACUCCACUUCAAAACGAAUUUCAUGAUUUUAGAAUCAGUAGUUAUUAUUCACCAUGUAUAUGUUAUCAUUGUCACAAUGCAUUAGUUGGAAUUAUGCGACAAGGAUUGUACUGUAAACGCUGUCAAAUAAUUUGUCAUCCUGAUUGUGUAGAGAAAGUUCAAAUUUCAUGUGAACCAUCUAAUAAAGAUCGAAAUCAAGCUAAUCAAGAUGUCCAACAUAUUGUCCAAAUACCAAAAGCUGGUGGUAUUAGAAAAGGUUGGAAUCAAUGUCAAAUAUUAUUCUUUCAAACAAAAUUAUUAUUUUAUAACUUAUCAAAUAAUACAAAUAUAGUAAAGUCAGAACCAUCAUUAAUAAUUGAUCUUACUGAUGAUAAAUUUAAUGUUUGUUCAAUAACACCAGAAGAUGCAAUACAUGCUAAAAAGAAAGAUAUACCAAAUAUUUUUAAGAUUAGUGUAGAAAAAUUAUCAUCAUCAAGACAAUUGAAAAAUCUAUAUGUAUUAACAAAU